GAGAGAUAGAAUCAAUACCUGUUGACAGAUCGAAAACCGGUAAUUUAUUCCUUAUAAAUUAAAAAAAGUUUUCAGUUUACAUUUGAUUGUAGUGAGUGUGGAUGUGUAUUAUAAUGUUACAAUAAGCGUUUAAAUAUAUUUAUAAUCAAUUUACGGUUGUUGAUCUACGGUUUUUUUACACAAAUUUUUUAUAACAUUGAAUCUAGUAUCCAAUUUGGCAUUUAAAUACCAAAUUUUAGUUUUCACAUCAAAAAUUAAUAGUAAAACCGGUUACAAAUAAACAUGCUUACAAAAAAAACACACGAUUUGAAGAAUAAUUAGUUAUCGUAUACAACAGUGCACCCUAUAAGAAAACAAUAAUUAGUUAUCAUACCUCUUUCAAAGGUCAUUUUCGAGAAGGUGUCAAGGUGAACUUCAUUUGAAGUCAAUUAUGGAAACUAAAUAUGAUAAGUAGUUAUAAAUAACAGGAAUUGCUUAGUCACCCACCUUUUAUUUACAAAGAGAUCAGUUGUGAGCUGAAUGCGAGAAGUAUAACAUGAGAUCGUCUAAAUACAAUUUGGAGCUACAUUUGUUGUUAUUAUUUUCCAUACAAACAACUUUGUGUGCGGUAUUAAGGAACCGAACUAACCGCGAACCUGGAUUAUAUUCACCUGAAGACGACGUCGAAAUCUUGACAAUCAAUAAUUUCAAUACUAGUAUUUAUAACAGUGAACGAGCUUGGUUAGUGGAAUUUUAUAGUAAUUGGUGCGGUUAUUGUAAGCGAGCCGUUCCUAAAGUGAAAGCUUUUGGUAGUGAUGUUAAACCCUGGAACGAUUUAGUUGCUGUAGCAGUUUUAGAUUGCGCCAAUGAAGACAAUGCCCCUGUUUGUGAAUAUUUUGGUAUAACAAGGUAUCCAACUUUCAGAUAUAUACACGAAGGUUAUCAAGAAGGACCUGAAAAUACGGGACUACCAAUAGUCGCAGAUUCCCAAACAAACUUUACGGAACAUAGAAAAAAUCUUAUAAGUAUAUUAAUUCAAGAACAAAUUGAAAAUAGGGGUAAACAUCUACCGGAUCUACAACGUUUUAGAAAUUCUGUGAUAUCAAAUGUGUUUAAAACCAUUAAUGGUACACCGGAAUUGGCGUUUUUGAUAGUACAAGAACCGGAUGAUGAUGUGGGACCUUCUGUUAUAAUGGAUUUUCAUAAAGUGAAAGAAAUAGUAAUAAAAUACGCGUUUGAUAAUGAAACCAAAGUGAUAAAUGAAGAAUUACCAGCUUUAUAUUUAAUACAAGAAAGUGGGGACUUACAAUAUUUAAAUAUAUCAUCACCUGAUAGACGAGGGAUCAAAAUGGCUAUAAGUGAUUUAUUAUUAUCCAAAAAUAUUUAUUUUCCUUAUGAAAUCUUGAGGAAUAAUAAUAUAACUGAAUCACAGCCAGUAACCGAAGGAACGACUAAAGAAGAAUUAGAAUUUUUAAAUAAAAUUAAAGAAGCCGGAGAUACAGUUUUCCAAUUAGAUCUCGAGAACGCUCUAAGAUACUCUUUAAAAAGAGAAAUCGGGAAUCGUAAAGAAAUAAAAGGAGAACAAUUAGAAGCUCUUAAAAAAUAUAUCAACGUCCUAGAAAAAUAUUUUCCUUUCGGCGAUAAAGGAAAAUCUCUAUUAAGACAUCUUAAAGAAUAUAUAAAUAGCAGUACUAUUAUUGAUGGUCACCACAUUUUCCAUCACAUAAAAGACGCGGAUAUGCCAGGUCAAAAUGUAUUUUCCGGUCCCGAACAAUGGUUAGGUUGCAAAGGAAGUUUACCAACAUUCCGUGGGUACCCUUGCGGAUUAUGGAAAUUGUUUCAUUAUUUAACAAUCAACGCCGCUUUCGAUCCUACGAAUACAAAAGAUAGUGACCCCAAAUUGGUUUUGGAAGCAAUGCACGGUUACAUAAAGAGUUUCUUUAGUUGUGAGGAUUGUAGUAACCAUUUCCAGGAAAUGGCUAAAAGGCGUCAAAUAUUCAGUGUUGCUUCUUGGGAGGAAUCAGUGCUUUGGUUGUGGAGGGCGCAUAAUGAGGUGAAUAAAAGAUUGGCUGGAGAUCCUUCAGAAGAUCCGUUGAAUAAAAAGAUUCAAUUUCCUUCGAAGGAAAGGUGUGGUCAGUGUUAUAUGCCGGACGGAUCUUGGCAAGAGGUGGAAGUAUUAUGUUAUCUUAAAAAAGUAUAUGGCAGUGAAAAUAUUAAUUAUAUGGGGGCUGAUCCGAGGAUAUCUCAUUUGAUUCAUACUAAAACUCAUCCAGAAUCGACUGUCUCUGGCGGAUACAGGAUUUUAAGUCCAUGUAUGGCUCCAGUUAUUUUCAGUUUGCUGAUAUCAACCGGGUUUAAACUAUAAUGUAAAUAAAUUGUUCAUGUCUUGUAAAUAACUUAACGUUAAUAACACCUGAAGAUUUUUAUUUCUAUUUAUUAUAAUGAAAUUUACAUAAAAUUUUAGAUUUUAUUCUUUUUAACGACAAAUGCAGUAUUAUAACCAACUGACGCAAUUUUUUUAACUUUUCUAUUAUAAGCUGUAAUUAUUAUACAUAUAUUCCAAAUAAAAUUUCAUCCAAAAAUAUUCAAA